GUUAGCAUUCUCAUUUUCAAAAGAUUCUUGUUUUCCACCUUUCCUUUUCACACUUGGAUAACCACUAUAUAGCAAACGAUCUUCUGCAACUCUUGCAGUGUUCUCCACCCCAUAAUCUUCUUAGGUUUAGCCUCUUUCGAGUAAACAAUUCAAUGGAAAACAACAACAGUUCAUCAAAUUCUUCUGUGUGCACUAAAAUCCGUCAUGCCUUUGCAAGCAGUCCUGCUCUCCGAGCCAUUCAACGAAUCUCAAGCUUCAAUCAAGAACACAAACAUGUCACCAAUGGUUCAAAUUCUCCCCCUAAGGCUAAUAAUGUCAAAACCAAACCACAUCAAACCAAACCACAUCACAAGGCUCAAACAGAAACAUCAUCAGAAGUAAUCCCUAUCAAGUUUGAUUAUUCAACACCAACAUACAAACAGAAUGGAAACUCAUCAGCAGUUUCAAGUGUAGCAAAAAGUGCACCAACUCAUGUUGGAAAUUCGGAAAGAACAAAAGUUUCUGCCAAGAGUGAAUUACCUCAACCACAACAAUAUGUUCCCAAGAAAGUAGUGGCACAAAAUGGUAAUCAACACGGUAAGGAAUCAAUGGAUAUUAAUGAAACUUUCAAAGAGUACAUUCAACGUGCUAAGAAAAAAAUCAGAACUGUUUCGAAUAUUGGUCGCGGUCAAAACAACCCUGCAGCUGCACCAGAUCACGAGGUUCAUCACGAUACUACUACUAGUGGCAAAAAUGAAAGCCUUGAAGAGCAUUUUCAGGACUUUAUUCAUCGCGCUAAGAAGAAGAUCAGAGCCACAACAAUGGUUGGAAGAAGAAAUUAAGGAUAUGAUUAUUGAAAUGAGGAGUGUCACAAGAAUGUUCAUUAAUGAGCUGGUGUUGGUGAAGUAUUGUGUUAUGUAACUAUUAUCUAAUCUAGGUGGCUGAGUGCAGAUAAAAAUAAGGUCAUAGUCUGUUGUGGUUUGCAAGCUUAAUAUUUAUUUCAUUAUCUCAUAUUUGUGCUAAAUUUGUAGAAUUGAACUUUUAAUUCAACGAGUGGAUUUGUGAAAUUUAAUGUCUAUAAUAUGAUAUGUUAAUAUUGGAUGGUUCUGCCAAGAGUUACUGCUA